UAUCCAAACCAAAAUUGCUGCAAUUGCCACAGGCAGAAAUUUGUACUUCACAUGGAUAUAGUGAGAUGUUCACAAAAUAUCAAAACAAUAUAGAACUUGGAGGAAGAGAAUCAUUGUUUGGAAACUUCUCAUGGCUCCAACUCUGACCUCCAAUUCAUUUCGGCUAGCCACUACUCCCCAUUCGAGGCAGAGUCUCAAGAUCCAAAGGCUUGGAGUCUUUGCUAAAAGAGCUGGACCCUUCUCCCCAUUUCAGCUUGGCAAAUCCAAAGAUGAUAGUGAAUCAUCAGAAGCUGGUGCUUCAGGCAAUUCCAGUCCUUUUAGUUUCAACUUUGGCAAGGUCCCUGAUAUGAAGUCUCUGAUACCUAUUGUUAGUAAGCCAGCUUCAGGGGUGUCAUUUCGGAGGAAGGAUCCUAGCACAGUGUUUGUAGCUGGUGCUACUGGGCUGGCAGGUAUUAGGAUUGCACAAACAUUGCUGCGUGAAGGCUUUAGUGUUAGAGCUGGAGUUUCUGAACUUGAAGCUGCUCAGGAUUUGGCUCGUUUUGCUGCGGAAUACAAGAUCAUAUCAAAGGAAGAAUCGAGGCGCCUCAAUGCUGUUCAAUCUACUUUUAAAGAUGCAGAGUCUAUUGCCAAAGCAAUUGGCAAUGCAAGCAAAGUUGUGGUCACAAUCGGCCCUGCAGAAAAUGGACCUACCUCUGAGGUGUCCUCAGCUGAUGCCUUGCAAGUAAUACAGGCUGCUCAAUUAGCAGGAGUUGGCCAUGUUGCAAUAAUCUAUGAUUCAAAUAUUGCAAGCGGAUCAACUUACAAUGUGCUAGAUGGCCUCACAUCAUUCUUUAACAACUUAUUCUCACAAUAUCAGCCAUUGAGCAUACCUGAGUUUCUGCAAAAAGUAAUUGAGACAGAUGUUAGCUAUACUUUCAUCAAAACAAGUUUGACAGAAGAUUUUUCGCCAGAGAGUUCUUAUAAUCUAGUGGUUUCAGCAGAAGGAAGCACCGGUUCAGACUACAAAGUAGCAAAGUCUCAGAUAGCAUCGGUAGUGGCUAAUGUCUUCUCAAAUACAGCUGUGGCAGAAAAUAAGGUGGUGGAAAUUUUUACUGAUCCAUCAGCACCCUCGAAGUCUGUGGACGAGCUUUUCAGUGCCAUUCCUGAAGACGGAAGAAGAAAAGUUUAUGCAGAAACAAUUGCAAAGGCAAAAGCUGAGGAAGAAGCAAAGAUAGCUGCAGAAAAAGCUCGUGAAGCAGCUGACGCAGCAAAGAAGCUUGAAGAAGAAGUGAAAAAGCUUUCAGAGCAAGAAGCUAAAGCAGCUAGUCUGGCCGAAGAAGCGCAAGAAAAGGCAGAGGCUGCAGGGACAUCAAUGGAGAACCUAUUCAGUAAAGCCAAGGAUAUUAGUUCAGGAUUGACUUGGGAUAAACUUAGUUCCCAGUUUGCAACUGCAGUUCAAACGACAAGCGGUACGCAGAUUGCUACGGUCAGAGGGCAAGCCAAAGCUCGUUCCCUGCCUGGACAGAAAGCUGUUGUCAAACGACCUACUCCAAGAUUCCCUUCCUUGAAACAGAAAGAGGAGACAAAGGCAAAGCCGAAGCCAAAGGCCAAAGAGACAGAGUCAAAAGCUGAAGUGAAGAAGAUGUUCGGUGGCCUGUUUCAGCAAGAAACUAUAUAUGUGGAUGAUGAUUGAGGCGAUGUUUUGUUUUUGUAAUAACCAACACCUGUUCUAUUGAGCUCCUCUAAUUCAGAUGUCAUUUAAAAGUUUAUAAUGAUUGUUGAAUAUGAGUCUAAGCUUAAAAUCUGUACUGCUUGCUAAUUAUUUCCCUUGUUUAGAUAAAUAAAGUUUCUUCAGCUGUCAAAA